AUGUCUUCCAACCUUUUGAACUUCAACAAGCCAUGUAACGGCUGUCGACGCCGCAAGGUCCGCUGCGACAAGGCGAAGCCCUGCCUCAACUGCGUCCGCCAUGGCAUCGCCUGCGUCUACGACCCACAGCGAGAGCCUGGCCUCCCGACGCCCGAGAGCCAGCAGCAGCUCCAGGAGAGGGUCGACCGUCUCGAGAGGCUGGUUGAGGAGAUGAAGGGCAUCUCGGUGCGGAGCGAACCGCCGCCGCCGCCGCCUCUCAAGGGUACCGGCAGCGGGGGCUCUUUUCCCUCAGCGAGCCCGGCCACGAGCUACUACGGCGAGUUUAACAACGAGGAGGUGAUGGCGGGCGACCCCGGGAUGCAGGUGUACGACGACAACGUGUCCUACUACCUCGGGCCGAAUUACUGGCUCAACCUUCAAGACAUCGUCUUCGAGCCGCGGUCUCUCUUCCGCAUCGACUCGGACAAGACGGGCAAAAACCCCUCCAGCCCGUCUUCGUGGCCCAUCGGGAGGGCGCCCACGCUGGCGGAUCUCUCCCACCUCCACCUCGAGCCCGAAAAGGAAGACAUCUUGACUGACCUGUUCUUCGCACACGUCGAGCCCUUUGUCAGGAUAACCCACGACACCUACUGGCGGCAGCAGAUAACGGAUUUCCGGGUUGGCGUCCAGAAGAACCCCGUGGACGCGGAGGCCGCCAUGUUCGCGACGCAGGCUAUGACGGUGGCGGCCCUGCCGGGAAACGUCGUCCAAGAGAAGCUGGGGAAGCCCAAGGAGGAUCUGUUGCGGCACUUGCAGGAGGCAUCCCAGCUGGCUCUUGAGCGGGCCGACAUAUUGCGUAGCAGGAAACCCCUUGCAUUCUUUGCCCUGCUAUAUUACAUUCAAAUGAAAUUCAUCACUGGAGAUGGAGAAGUAGCCGUGAUACUGCUCGGGCUAGCUGGUCGAUUCGGCGCGAGACUCGGCCUACAUCGGGACCCGAGCCACUACAGCUACUCGCCCUGGACGGCGAAUAUGAGACGUCGGAUAUGGUGCCACUUUGAGCUGAUGGACAACCCGCUCUACAACCUCGAGGGCGCCGAGUCCGGGCUGCCGUUCAUCUCGGACGUCCAGCCGCCCAAGAACGCCAACGACAGCCAGUGGAUGCCGACGAGGUUCGCGAAGCCCGGUUCCGCGCCGCACGACCAGGAUGGCAUCACCGACAUGUCGUUCGCCCUCGUGCGGCAGCAUGUCGUCCGGACGAUGCACUCCGUGGUCCGGAGCAGAAACGACGCGGGCCCCGACGAGCUGAGCCGGAUCGUCGACCAGACGGAGAAUUUCAUCAACGCCAAGUUCAUCUCGCACGUGGACGGUUCCUCCCCCAGCCACGCCCUCGUCAUUUCGUACUUUCGGGGGAGUAUGAGGACGAUAAGGCUCCUCAUCGAGUGUGUUACAACAGCCCGGAAUGGCGGCGGUCAAGAACUCGAGUUAAGGGCAAGGCGAGUGGCAUUACUAGUCCCCUCCCCUCCCCUCCAUCAACAAGCAUUCGAGCCAACAAGAAAUACUGACUUGUUGAUUUCAUUAAAAAGAUUCUACCAGGAGUGUGUCGAGAUCCUCGAGGAGAUGGAGCGCGGCGAGGCGGUGGCCAUACAAAACGACUGGGGCUGGCUCUACCGGUGGCCGACGACGCCCUGCCUCAUCUCCAACGUGCUCAUCGGCCUCGCCCGGCAGCCGAAGCACCCGAUCACGGACCGAGCGUGGCGGCAGAUGAACAUUGUGUUCCGGCGGCACAACAACGAGGACAUCAGCAUGCGCAAGUUCGCGGCGUGGCGGGUUGUCGAGGCCCUGUGCGACCAGGCCAUGCUGUACCACAAGCAGAGGUCUCACGAGGGCGCGUGGUACGCCCAGAGGCUGGGCCAGGCACAGGGUUUGGCGGCGUCGGCGUCUACGCAAGGGAACAGCGCUCCGGUCUCGCUGGAGAACGCGACCGUCGACGACAUCCUGGGCGACGUCCAGAUGUUCGGGCAGGACGCCGCCGCCCAGCACGGGGGGAUGGGAGGUGCCGGGUUCUUCGCCAUGGGAUAUACUCACUGGAAUCAGCCUGCCCAUUCUCAUCCUCACGGCCAGGGUCAACAGCAUCCACACCCAGACCAAGCAUCUGACGAUGGCGAAGACAUCUGA